GCACCUUCUGACUCACUCCACAGAGAUUUCUCGACCACCGACAAUUUUUUUGAGUUCUAAUCAUGGCGCAGCCGGAAGAUCCAGUCUAAGCUGAUUUUGCAAGAAUCGAUGGCCUUCCUCAAAUUACCGGACGCAUUUUACGACAGUGCAAAUGAUCGAGGCCUUCGCACAAAACCGUAAAAAUUUAUAAAACGAGAACUUCUAUCAAUGUCUUUGAAUUAACUUUGGAAAAUUCAAACUUUCUGAUGGAUGAUGAUUGUCAAUACACGUUUCAGAAGAAGAUUGAAACCAAAAUGACAAGACAAGAGGUUGUGUGUGUGUCGACCAAUGUGUUCUGUUUUGGGAAAUACUUUGCCUUUUUUUACUCUGUUUACAGACACACACGCUAAUGUGUUUUUUGACUGUUGAAAAAACUAAAGAUAUUUCAAAAGUCUACGCAGUACGCAAUUUGUUUCUUUGUGACCACUUUCAAUGAUUUUGGACCGCAUUUAAUAGCCCCACGACUGUAAUGGGUUCACAUUUUGGAUUUUGCUUCUUGUUUACCUUAAAAUUUCUUUCAUUUUCUGGUUUAAUGUUGAAGCAGAAGAACCUUUCUUUAUCUUUUUAUAAGCGACAUGAAGCUGUCUUUUCCACUUGCUUUCAAUGCUCUCAUGUUGCUUCUUCAAGUUUGCUGCGUGGUCUUUGCUCAAGCCAGGUUUUCUAAUGAGACUGACAUGAAAGCUUUGCUUGAGUUCAAGUCUCAAGUUUCUGAAAACAAGAGAGAGGUCUUGGCCUCAUGGAAUCACUCCUCCCCAUUAUGCAAUUGGAUUGGAGUCAUAUGUGGCCGCAGGCAAGAAAGAGUUAUAAGUCUGAACAUCGGAGGAUUCAAGUUAACCGGUGUGAUCUCACCCUCCAUUGGUAAUCUCUCCUUUCUCAGGUUUCUUAAUCUUGGAGACAACUCUUUUGGAAGUACCAUCCCUCAAGAGGUGGGAAUGCUAUUUAGGCUUCAGUACUUGAACAUGAGCUAUAAUCUUCUCCAAGGAAGGAUUCCGCCUAGUCUUUCUAAUUGCUCUAGACUGUCGACUGUUGAUUUAUCGUCAAACCAGCUUGGACAUGGCGUUCCUUCAGAACUAGGUUCACUUUCUAAGCUGGCCAUUCUGGAUCUUAGUAAAAACAACCUUACAGGAAAUUUUCCUGCAUCUUUUGGAAACUUGACGUCACUCCAGAAGCUUGACUUUGCAUAUAACCAGAUGGGAGGUGAGAUUCCAGACGAAGUAGCUAGAUUGACUCAUAUGGUGUUUUUUCAAAUAGCACUGAAUAGUUUUUCAGGUGGUUUUCCUCCUGCAUUGUACAACAUCUCCUCUCUUGAGUUUCUAUCUCUAGCUGACAAUAGCUUUUCGGGUAACCUUAGGGCUGAUUUUGGUGAUCUUCUACCAAGUCUAAGAUGGCUUCUUUUGGGAUCAAAUCAGUUCACUGGAGCUAUUCCCAUAACACUUGCCAAUAUCUCAAGCCUUGAAUGGUUUGAUAUCUCAUCUAAUUACCUGACUGGAAGUAUCCCUUUGAGCUUUGGAAAGUUACGUAAUCUGUGGUGGUUAGGGAUUCGUAAUAACUCUCUUGGAUAUAACUCGUCCAGUGGUCUUGAAUUUAUUGGUGCUUUGGCGAACUGCACUCAAUUAGAGCACUUAGAUGUUGGUUACAAUAGACUUGGAGGUGAGCUGCCUGCCUCCAUGGCCAAUCUGUCCACUAAAUUGACUAGUCUCUUCCUUGGACAAAAUCUUAUCUCUGGAACCAUUCCUUACGACAUCGGGAAUCUUAUAAGCCUGCAAGAACUCAGUAUGGAAACAAAUAAGUUGUCUGGAGAACUUCCAGUCUCUUUCGGGAAGCUUUUGAAUUUGCAGGUGGUGGAUCUCUAUUCAAAUGCAAUAUCGGGGGAAAUACCAUCUUAUUUUGGCAACAUGACUCAGUUGCAGAAGCUCCAUUUGAAUAGCAAUAGUUUCCACGGAAGAAUCCCUCAGAGUCUUGGACGUUGUCGAUACUUGCUAGACCUGUGGAUUGAUACAAAUAGGUUGAAUGGGACUAUACCUCGGGAAAUACUGCAAAUUCCGUCCCUCGCUUACAUAGAUUUGUCAAACAAUUUCUUGACCGGCCAUUUUCCAGAAGAAGUUGGAAAGUUGGAACUUCUUGUUGGACUAGGUGCUUCGUACAACAAAUUAUCAGGACAGAUCCCACAAGCUAUAGGGGGUUGUCUCUCGAUGGAAUUUCUUUAUAUGCAAGGAAAUUCGUUUGACGGAGCCAUUCCAGAUAUAAGUCGGUUGGUAAGCCUAACGAAUGUUGACUUCUCCAACAACAAUCUCUCUGGCCGGAUACCUCGAUAUCUGACCAAUCUUCCUUUGUUGCGAAAUCUGAAUCUUUCUAUGAACAAUUUUGAGGGAAGCGUGCCAACAACAGGAGUGUUCCGAAAUGCUACAGCAGUUUCUGUUUUUGGUAACAAAAAUAUAUGUGGAGGCGUCAGAGAAAUGCAACUAAAGCCAUGCAUUGUAGAAGCAUCUCCAAGGAAGAGAAAGCCUCUCUCACUUAGAAAGAAAGUUUUCAGUGGUAUUGGUAUAGGUAUAGCUUCGCUUUUGUUAAUCAUAAUUGUGGCUUCUCUGUGUUGGUUCAUGAAGAGGAGAAAGAAGAACAAUGCCAGUGAUGGUAACCCAUCUGAUUCUACUACUUUGGGGAUGUUCCAUGAGAAGGUAAGUUAUGAUGAGCUUCAUAGUGCAACAAGUGGCUUCUCUUCAACCAAUCUGAUUGGUUCAGGCAAUUUCGGUAAUGUGUUUAAAGGAUUGCUUGGCCAUGAGAAUAGACUCGUUGCGGUUAAAGUUCUGAACCUCCUAAAGCAUGGAGCAACUAAAAGCUUUAUGUCGGAAUGUGAAACCUUCAAGGGUAUACGACAUCGUAACCUUAUAAAACUGAUAACGGUCUGUUCAAGUCUCGAUUCCGAGGGAAAUGAGUUCAGAGCUCUGGUCUAUGAGUUCAUGCCAAAAGGAAGUCUGGAUAUGUGGCUGCAGCCAGAAGAUCAGGAAAGGGCAAACGAGCACUCGAGAUCCUUAACACUUCCAGAGAAACUCAACAUAGCAAUAGAUGUGGCUUCAGCUUUGGAGUAUCUGCACGUUCAUUGUCAUGACCCUGUAGCUCACUGUGAUAUUAAGCCAAGCAACGUUCUUCUAGACGAUGAUCUGACUGCUCAUGUUAGUGACUUUGGUUUGGCUCGGCUCCUCUAUAAAUACGAUCGAGAAUCCUUUCUAAAGCAGUUUAGUUCUGCCGGUGUCAGAGGCACCAUUGGCUAUACCGCACCAGAAUAUGGAAUGGGAGGCCAACCAUCAAUACAAGGAGAUGUGUACAGCUUUGGAAUUCUACUUUUGGAGAUGUUCACAGGAAAGAAACCGACAGACGAACCAUUUGCAGGCGAUUACAACCUCCACUGCUACACACAGUCGGUAUUGUCUGGUUGCACGAGUAGUGGAGGCAGCAACGCCAUUGAUGAAUGGUUGAGACUGGUUUUGCAGGUGGGGAUAAAGUGUUCUGAAGAAUAUCCAAGGGAUAGGAUGAGAAUUGCUGAAGUGGUACGAGAAUUAAUCUCAAUCAGAACUAAAUUCUUCAGUUCCAAGACGACUAUUACAGAGAGUCCUCGAGAUGCUCCGCAAAGUUCUCCUCAGGAAUGGAUGUUAGAUGCGGACUUGCAUACUGUGUAGACCAAAAUGAUGACAUCACAAAUACCUUCUCAACUACUUAGGAUGGGCACACAGUAAAAGAUCGAAACAGAACAUUGUUGGGGAGAGACUACUAAUUAUAUAUAAUAAGGGAAUAAAGAACAUUUUAAAAUCUA